AUGGACGCCGCGAAUAUACCGGAUUUUGAUGAUUUGCCGAAGGUCCCGGACAUGCCUCAAGGAUGUGCUUGGGGCCUAUUCGACAAGGAUGGCAAGAAAGAUCUCAUAGGCACUUUGAACCUCUUAACUCCGUCGGUCGUGAAGAAUGCUUUUAGCGAGGCACGCGAUGGGAUUUCUAUUUCCUUAAACUGGCCGCUCAAUGCCACGAAGUUUCCGCCGCCGGGACGAAUAGCACCUACACAUAAACAGGUGGAUUUGCGCGAAGCGGGCCUAUGUCAAGGAACGGGUUGGGAUGAUGAAAUUCACUUCAACACACAAACGAGCAGUCAAUGGGACAGUCUAGUCCAUUGGCACCAUCAGCCAUCCGGGCUCGCUUACAAUGGCAUCGCCGUCACUAAAGAAUCUCUAGCUGCACCCAGCACAGCUGCCAACAACAUGCCGACCUUGGACCACUGGCACGCCAAGGGGGGUUUGGUCGCGAGAGGUAUCCUCAUUGACUUCAAGGAAUGGACAGAAAAGCGAGCCAAAGCCGAAGGGAAGACGGGCGACGCCGCACAUUUUCAUCCCCUUGAUGGCCAUCGUAUCACAGUGGAGGAGAUCGAGGACGUCGCCAAAGACCAAGGCGUCGAGUUUCACCACGGCGAUGUCCUCAUCAUCCGCACGGGGCUGACAGAGGUCCUCGAAGCACCGAGCCCUGAAGACUUUGCGAAACUGCAGAAUAGGAAAAUGGCGGGAAUGCACGGCGUGCUCGAGUCCGUCAAGUGGCUGUGGAAUAAGCACUUCGCUGCUGUGGCUGGCGAUGCCAUGGCGUUCGAGGCGAUGAUGCCCCUGAAAGAGGACGGGACUCAAGGGACCGCCGAUGAUAUAUAUCUACACCCUUGGCUGCUCUCAAUGUUCGGCAUGUCAAUUGGCGAGCUCUGGGACCUGAAGGCGUUGUCAGAGCAUUGUAAGAAGUCUGGAAGAUAUAGCUUCCUGUUGACAUCGGCUCCCUUGCAUAUACCUGGGCUCAUUGGGUCUCCACCAAAUGCUCUAGCAAUUUUUUGA